AUGGGGAUGUGUUUACCGUGCUUUGGAGGCGCGGCGGACGACAUUGUAGUAACACCAGAUCCAGACCCUGAGACGAGGAGAAGACAGUUAGCAGAAGCUGCCGAAAAAAGACAGAAAGAGAAUGCAUACAGGGGCGUUAAAAACCCGGAAGCAGUCGAGAGGAAAAGAAAAAAACAAGAAGAGAUGGAAAAACAGGAGAUGACGACAUCAGCCUCCGGAGGUGGUGGGCUAAAGUGGCAAGUUGGAUGA